GUUUCUUCUUUUGUCAAACGUAGUAAAAAUUUGCACACAUCAACGCGGCAAGGAAAGACGGUCGAGAGCACAAGCUUGGAAUAAAGAGAAGAAACGACGUCGUGUGGUUUGCAAUAGCUUCUGAGUUUGAGAAUUUGGGAUGGCGAGCGAGAACGAACCCGCGAAGCUGCUUUUACCAUACCUUCAACGCGCCGAUGAAUUGCAAAAGCACGAACCUCUCGUCGCUUAUUACUGUCGAUUAUAUGCGAUGGAUCGGGGGUUGAAGAUUCCACAAAAUGAGCGCACCAAGACCACUAAUGCUCUUCUCGUUUCGCUCAUGAAGCAGCUUGAAAAGGAUAAAAAGUCAAUCCAGUUGGGGCCUGAAGACAAUUUAUAUCUCGAGGGAUUUGCUUUGAAUGUGUUCGGAAAAGCAGACAAGCAAGAUCGUGCUGGAAGGGCUGAUUUGAAUACGGCAAAAACAUUUUAUGCUGCUAGCAUCUUUUUUGAGAUUCUUAAUCAAUUUGGAGUGAUUCAGCCUGAUCUGGAGCAGAAACAGAAAUAUGCGGCAUGGAAAGCAGCUGAUAUAAGAAAAGCUUUGAAAGAAGGAAGGAAGCCCACAGCUGGCCCCCCCUAUGAUGAUGAAGAUCUGUCAGUUCCAUUGAGUGCUUCAAGUAUUAGAUAUGACCUAGAAACUACUGAAACCACCGUUACCAGUCCUGGACCAGAAUCUGAUUCAUCACAUAGUUAUCAUAACCCUGCCAACUAUCAGAAUCUGCCCAGCACUCAUCCUGCACCUAAAUUUCAUGAUACUGUUAACGACCAACAUUCUGGAAACAUUCCACCAUCUAUGCCGUUUCAUGAUAGAGUAGAUAAUAACCAGCAUCCGUCCAUUGUUUCUCCAUCAGCUCACUCUUACACACCUGCAGUUUAUCCUUCACAAGAUUACCAUCCUCCUCCACCUUCACAAGAUUAUCAUUCUCCUCCACCUUCACAAGAUUACCAUCCUCCUCCACCUUCACAAGAUUAUCAUUCUCCUCCACCUUCGCAAGAUUAUCAUCCUCCUCCACCUUCCCAAGAUUACCAUCCUCCUCCACCUUCCCAAGAUUACCAUCCUCCACCUGCCAGAUCAGAAAGUUCUUAUCCUGAUCCUUACAGCCAUCAGCAAUUCUCACCAGAUCACUCACAGCAUUUAGGUCCUAACUACCCUUCUCAGGAAACUUCCUCUUAUUCUUACCCCCAUUUUCAGUCAUAUCCAAGUUUUACGGAAAGCAGCCUUCCAUCUGUCCCAUCAAACUAUACUUAUUAUCAAGGGUCUGAUGCUUCCUAUUCUUCCCAGUCAGCUCCGCUGACUACAAACCAUUUAUCAAGUGUUCAACACAGUUCCAGUAGCAGAAAUGGAACUGUCGUGGAACCUAAGUCAAUUACUCAGACAUACCAGUAUGACAGUAACUACCAGCCAGCACCUGAAAAAAUAGCAGAAGCACACAAGGCUGCAAGGUUUGCUGUUGGGGCACUGGCAUUUGAUGAUGUCUCAAUUGCAGUAGACUACUUGAAGAAAUCACUUGAGUUGCUGACAAAUCCAUCUGCUGGCCAGUGAGAUUUUAUGCAAAUAAUAAUGUUGGUUUCCAUGGUAUUUCGACCUAUUAUUUGCAUGUCUUAUUUUGUAAAGUAUUAUAUGCAUCAUGCAUGAAAGAGUGAAGAAAUUCAGUGAACAUGACUUUGAACGGAAAUCAUGAAAUCUGCCUGGAGUGUGAUCGUUCUUGUUUAACUGGAAAUUGUUAGAUUCGUUGUUUGUCAAGGGGUUGUGGUACAUAUAAAAUGUCUGAUUGAUGAAUUUCAGUUGUCUGUCUGGAUCAAUUCUCUUUCUUUUUUGGGUCUUUUCUCUGAACUCAAUUCAGGUUUACGUUCAUUUCAUCUAUUGAUCCUGUGGAAUUGAAUCUCGAGCAGUGAAAUUCCUUAGCACGUCAUAAAACUUGUUGCUUAACAAAUUCCAUUUCAGCUAUUAGGACAAUUUGGUCUGGCAUACAAACCUAUUCCAUUUCGGUGUAUGUCUACAUUUCUGUAAGGAUAAUCAUAAUUUUUCCCAGCUGGAUAGCCAUUGACGGAAAUUGUCAUGAGGAAUACAUUUUAUAAGUUUAACGAUAUUGUACUAUGACUCGUACAGACUUAAUCGGGCACCUAUUUUCUUUUUAAUUUGUCUAAGAAACAUACACAGAAAAACAUAGCAAAGAUAAAGGAG